GUGCAGGAGGAGGUAUGUGUCCAGUCACCGCCAUCGUCUGUCAGGUUCAUACAAUAUAGGAUCCACUCUAUAUAAGAUCCUUCUCCUUAUUGACCGGUCAAGGAUGGAUAGGGACAAGAUGGCGGAGAGUAUAAUAAAUCUCACCCUGGAGAUCCUCUUCUGGCUUACUGGAGAGGACUACACAGUAGUGAAGAAGACCUCUAGUGAGCGCUGUCAGGCCCCUGUGUCUGAAGGAUGGGGAAGAACCCUGAGCCCAAUCAUGGGGCCUCAACCUCACCCCCAGAUACAUGAGGAAACCAACAGAGAGAAGAUCCUAGAACUCACCAACAAGAUGAUUGAGCUGCUGACUGGAGAGGUUCCUAUAAGGUGUCAGGAUGUCACCGUCUAUUUCUCCAUGGAGGAGUGGGGGUUUAAGAGACUGUUCCUUUGUAUGCGCUUCAGUAAGGUUCUGGACGUACCCACUUGUACAAUCUGCAGAGAACAGAGGUUUUUCUGGAACCUCUGA